AAAAAUUUCAGUGACCGUUCAAACUUUUUUCGUCAUGAGAGAAUUCAUACUGGUGAGAAACCUUAUAAGUGUGAUGACUGUGGAAAAGCAUUUGUCCAAAGUUCAUCUCUUACUGAACAUCAGAGAACUCAUACUGGAGAAAAACCCUAUAAAUGUAAAGUUUGUGGAAAAGCAUUCACUGUAAAUUCAUCACUUGUUCAACAUCUGAGAAUUCGUACUGGGGAGAAACCUUAUAAAUGUAAUGAAUGUGGGAAAGCCUUCAGUGACUACUCAUCCUUUAUUCAACAUCAAAGAAUUCACAGUGGAGAGAAACCCUAUGAAUGUAUUAACUGUUGGAAGUCCUUCACUGAUAUCUCAACUCUUACACAACAUCAGAGAAUUCACACUGGAGUGAAACCCUAUAAGUGUAAUGAUUGUGGGAAGGCAUUUAGACGAAGUACACACCUUACCCAACACCAGAGGACUCAUACUGGGGAAAAGCCUUAUAACUGUAAUGAAUGUGGAAAAGCAUUCAGUGCCCACUCAACCUUUACACAACACCAAAGGAUUCACACUGGAGAAAAACCCUAUACAUGCAGUGAAUGUGGGAAGGGCUUCCCUGAAAACUCAUCCCUUAUUAAACAUCAUCGAAUUCAUACUGGAGAGAAACCUUAUGAAUGUUGUGAAUGUGGUAAAGCUUUUAGCCAGAGCACUCAUCUUAUUCAACAUCAGAGACGUCAUACUGGAGAGAAACACUUUAAAUGUGAUAAAUGUGGAAAAGCGUUUGGUAACAGUUCAAUCCUGAUCAGACAUCAGCAGUUUCACACUUUAGAGUCAUCCUAAUGAUACUACAGUUUUGUGGACUACUUCAUCCUUUCAUGAGCCACUCUUACUUUUUGGUCAUAUGUCUCUUACCCAUGCCACCCACUCUUGCUUACAAUUAGAAUUUCUAGGAAUGUUGUAUUCCUGGGGUAAAGUAAAACAUUACAUAAUAUUUUAAAUUUAAGUUUCCCAUACUGACGCUGUUUUGUUAGGUGCAUAGAGAUUUAGAUUGUUAUGUGUUCUUGGAGAAUUGGCCCUUUUUUCAUACUUUAAUGCCCCUUCUUAUCCCGUAGUAUCCUCCCUGUUCUGAAGUCUGCUCUGUCUGAAAUUAAUAAAAGUUACGUCAGCUUACUUUUGAUUAGUGUUAGCAUGACAUAUCUUUCUCCCAUCUCUUUACUUUUAACAUAAUGUUUGUUACUGUUUUCUAUUCUUUGUGUUUUUGUUUCCUUUCUUCCAUCUUUUUCUACCU